GGGUUUUACACAAACCUGUGUCUCUCUCUACACUGCGUAAAACGAUGAGUCUAAUUGCAGGCUCAUACGAGCGCUUCAUAUGGGGAUUCAAGUUGAGAUCCCCAAAAGACGAUCAAAAGUACGAACUAACCCCACUCUUCUCCUUCCCCUCACACCUCUCACCAAUCAAAUGCACAGCCGUCGCCGGCUCUGUCGCAGUGUCCGGCGGCGCGGAUGACACAAUUAAAAUCUACGACCUUUCCACUUGCUCUGAAAUCGGGUCCCUCCACCAGUCCGCCACCAUAACUUCACUUUCCUUUCUUACCCCUCCUUCACUCUCCUUCCCUCGUAACCUAAUCGCCGCCGCUGACGACGGCACCGUAUCGAUAUACGAUGCCGACCCAUUUGUUCAUUUAAAAACGGUGAAAGUUCAUCGUAAGGCGGUGAAUUCUGUGUGUAUUCAUCCGUCGGGGAGGUUGGCGUUGUCUGUGGGAAGAGAUGAAUGUAUGGCUAUGAUUAAUUUGGUUAGAGGAAGGAGAAGUUUUUACUCUAGGUUGGGUAAAGAAGCUUCUUUGGUUAAUUAUAGUGAUACUGGUGAAAAGUUUUAUAUGGUUAUGGAUGACAAAAUUUCUGUACAUGAAUCUGAAGAUGCCAAAAUUGUUCUAGAGCUUGAUAAUAACAAGAAGGUGCUUUGUGCCACUCCCGGGACGCAUGGUAUUUUGUUUACUGGGGGAGAGGAGCGCAAUAUUAAAGCUUGGGACAUAACUAGUGGGAAAGUUGCAUAUAGCAUUGAAGAUGCACAUUCCACCCGUGUGAAAGGCAUUGUUGUUUUAUACAAAAACAAUGAUGGGGAUGCUGAAGAAAACCAACACAUAGUAGCAUCUGCAUCAUCAGAUGGGAUCAUACGUGUUUGGGAUGUUCGCAUGACUAGGAAAGAGAAGCCAAUUCCACUGGCUGAGGCCAAUACAAAAUCCAGGCUGACUUGUCUUGCUGGAUCAUCCAUCAAAUCUGUGAAAAGGCCACUUGUAGGAAAUACUGCAUCAAACGGACAACAACUCGAUGCAGGUGAAGAAUCCUAGUGCUGUAAUUGCUAAUAACAAGCACAUAGUUUGUCUGCUGUCUUUUUACUUUAAUAUUUUCCCCUUUGAAGUUGUUGGAAUCGUAUUAAUUUUGUUAGUUAAAGGCGGAUCAAUCAAUAUAUCUUUCCUGGCUUUUUGGCUGAGAUCAAGUAGAGGUGGAUCAGUCCAUAUAUUUUAUGAUUCUUGUAAUACAUGUAUGAUUUUAACGAGUAGUUCUCCUUAUAUUUAUGUUUUGGUUACUUUCAUA